UGGUACAAACCGGAAACGGAAACUGGGGUGCUAAAAUAGCAAAAUUAGCUUGGCGAUGUUAUCGCCCGUCGUAAUCUUAGCGACUUGCUUAAAUUGAAUUCACAGUAAUCGCUGACGUUUUUCGUUUAUAUGUGACUGUGUGCCGAAGCAAACAGAUACUAAUGCGUCACAUGAUAGCCGCUUUGUUACCUAUCGUCGGUUACUAAGCUAGCUCAGCUCUAUCGUUAGCUUGGCUGUUGCUAUAGCUUUGUUGACGCCUGGCUGCAGAGAGGAAUUUGAAGCUGACAGCCACUGUGGAAAGGCGCUGAGUGAUUAUGGCCGACCCUGCGCGGAUCAAAGCUGAGGGUACAUCCGAGAGGACGCCUUCUGCUACCGAGGAGCAUCCCAAAUCAGAGGAAACUGAAGAUGUAGCUGCCACAGCCAAACCCACACAUGAAAACAAAGACUCGUCCUUGCAAGAUCAGUCCAAACAGGAGGCUAAACCUGACACAGCAGCUGGAGAAGAUGAGGAAGAAGGAACCUCUGGCCAGCCCCCUUCCAAAAGAUUGAAGGUGGAACCAGAAAAGAAGAAGGAGAAGCGCCACAAGGUCGAUGAGGAUGAAAUACAAAAGAUGCAGGUUCUGGUGUCGUCCUUUUCUGAGGAGCAGCUGAAUCGCUAUGAGAUGUACAGACGCUCUGCCUUCCCUAAGGCUGCUAUUAAGAGGCUGAUCCAGUCCAUAACAGGAUCAUCAGUGUCCCAGAAUGUAGUGAUUGCCAUGUCUGGUAUUGCCAAGGUUUUUGCUGGAGAAAUCGUUGAGGAAGCACUGGACGUUUGUGAGAAGUGGGGAGAUACACCACCUCUUCAGCCCAAACAUAUGAGGGAAGCAGUGAGGAGAUUGAAGAGCCGAGAUCAAAUUCCCAACACCAAGUAUAAGAACAUUCUCUUUCACUGAGGCACCGUGAUAGAUUUUAUGGGGAUGAUGGAGACAGAAGACUGCCUGUUAUUAAAACACGGUGCCAUCACAUGUGGAAAUCUUGUCAUGAAACCACUGUCACCAUACUGCUGCCAACCAGGCACCGAUUAUUCUCUGCUACCUGACGUAAGCUCAGUAUUGACUGUUGAAGAAUGGUCAAGGCAAAUCCCUUUUGUUGCAGCAGAAAAGAAGACCUGCCAUUCACCUCAAAUUGUCAAGGUAAACACUUGACCCAACACACAGUUCAAAUGGUGUAAAAUUAUAUUCAUGUAUUAUGGUUGUAAAUACAGUUUUAUACUUCAGAAA